AUGGCCUGCCGCAUGCUCCAGUUGUACCUUGUUGGUCCAGCCCGUACUUGGCUCAACGACCUCGAGGAGAAUUCUAUCUUUUGCUGGUUUGACCUGAAGGUUGCCUUAGAGGGACACUUCAGGGGCACCUACCAAAGACCCUCCACGGCAAGUGAUCUACACGCCUGCAUCCAGAAGAAAAACGAAAUCUCUCGAGCUUUCCUCACUCGGUGGUUAGCAACAAGAAACGUGUGCGAGAACCUGGAUAACCGCACAGCAAUGCUAGCCUUCAUAGGUGUCCUGCAGAGGGGAGGGCUGCUCCGGCACAAGUUAACUUGCCUCGUCAAUGAGCAAAAGCUGACCUUGGAUGAUAUGAUUCCCAUCGCCAGCACUCACACCGCCGUCGAUGACGACGCAGGUGGAGAACUCUCGGCCACAGACAUACCCCUGCAUCAGCAAAAGAAGAAUCGUGAUGGCAGCAGUAACAGUAACAAGCGGAAGAAACCCCCCUGA